UGAGAUCAACAACCCUAAUAAUGAUUCAGUAUUUUUUUUUUUUUAAUUUUAAUUUCACAAAAACCCUAAGGGUUCUUUACAUCGCCGUCGAAUUUUUUUAUCCGCUAACUCUAUAAAACCCAAAAUUUUAUAUUUCUCAUCUGAUCAUUGUGUUAGGGUUCUUUUUAGUUUAACACAUGGAUUUGAGUACUGCUUAAAGUUUUAAUCUUUGGGUGAUGAUGAUACCGGAACUAGGGAGAAGACCGAUGCAUAGAGGUAACGAAGAUUCAUCUUUUGGGGAUGAUUAUGAGAAAGAGAUUGGUGUAUUGCUUGGUGAGCAGCAGCGAAGGCAAGAAGAAGCUGAUGAGAUUGAGAGAGAGCUUAACUUGUAUAGAAGUGGCUCUGCUCCACCGACUGUGGAUGGUUCUGUUAGUGCGGCUGGAGGAUUUUUUAGCGGCGGCGGCGGAGGUGGGGCUCCUUUUUUGGAGUUUGGUGGAGGCAAUAAGGGUAAUGGGUUUGGUUGUGAUGAUGAGGAGUUAAGGAAAGAUCCGGCUUACUUGUCUUAUUACUAUGCUAAUAUGAAGUUGAAUCCGAGGUUGCCACCGCCUUUGAUGUCUAGGGAGGAUUUGAGGGUUGCUCAGAGGCUUAAAGGGAGUAGCAACGUGUUAGGUGGUGUUGGGGAUAGGAUAAAAGUGAAUGAGAGUCGAUCUUUGUUCUCUAACCCACCUGGUUUUGAUCAGAUGAAACAGCAGCGUGAGUUUGAGCCUGAGAAGACUAGUGCUUCCUCUUCUGAGUGGGAUGUUAAUGGAUUGAUUGGUUUGCCUGGUUUGGGGCUUGGAGGCAAGCAGAAGAGUUUUGCUGAUAUCUUUCAGGCGGAUAUGGGGCAUGGGCAUCCUGUUGGACAGCAGCCCUCAAGACCUGCAAGUCGUAACACAUUUGAUGAAAAUGUUGACUCCACAAAUAACCUGUCUCCAUCCGCAUCACAAGGCAUUGGUGCACCAUCUCCAUACAGCUAUGCAGCUGUUCUGGGUUCGCCUUUGUCUAGAAAUGGAACACCAGAUCCACAGGCCGUUGCUAGGGUGCCUAGUCCUUGCCUCACUCCCAUUGGCAGUGGAAGAGUGAGUUCAAAUGACAAGAGGAACACAAGUAACCAAAGCCCGUUUAACGGUGGUCUCAAAGAGUCUUCAGAUCUCGCCGCUGCUUUAUCUGGUAUGAGUCUGUCAGGUACUGGUGGGUUAGAUGAAAGGAGUCAAGCUGAGAAAGAUGUUGAAAAGGUCAGGAACUAUAUGUUUGGAAUGCAAGAUGGGCAUAAUGAAGUCAAUCAACAUGGCUUCCAACACAAAGCUGAUCAAGCUCAUAAGGGAACUGCUUCUUUGAGGAAUUUACAAAUGAGAGGGUCACAAGGAUCUGCCUAUAAUGGAGUUGGACUAGCUAAUCAUUACCAGCAUCUUGAUAACCAAAACUAUGGUCUCAACAACUACGCAUUAAAUCCUGCUGUAGCGUCUAUGAUGGCUGGCCAACUUGGAACUAAUAACUAUUCUCCAAUGUAUGAAAAUGCUUCUGCGGCAUCUGCUUUCGGAUUUUCUGGAAUGGACUCCAGACUUCAUGGUGGAGGUUUUGUUUCUUCUGGUCAAAACCUCUCUGAACCACGAAAUAUUGGCAGGGUUGGUAAUCGAAUGAUGGGAGGAAAUGCUGGUCUUCAGUCACAUAUGGCAGAUCCAAUGUAUCAUCAGUACGGGAGGUUCUCUGAUAAUGCUGAUUCGUUUGAUCUUCUUAAUGACCCUUCAAUGGAUAGGAGCUUUAUGGGUAAUUCAUACAUGAAUAUGCUUGAACUCCAGAGGGCUUAUCUCGGAGCUCAGAAAUCACAGUAUGGUGUUCCUUACAAAUCAGGGAGCCCUAACAGUCAUAGCUAUUUUGGGAGUCCAACGUUUGGGUCUAAUAUGUCAUAUCCUGGCAGCCCAUUGGCUCAUCAUGGUAUGCCGAAUUCUCUUAUGUCACCUUAUAGCCCUAUGAGACGAGGUGAAGUUAAUAUGCGUUAUCCCUCUGCAACAAGAAACUUUUCGGGAGGUGUAAUGGGUUCUUGGCAAAUGGAUGCUGGUUUGGAUGAAGGAUUUGGAUCUUCAAUGCUUGAAGAGUUCAAAAAUAACAAAGCUAGAGGAUUUGAACUUUCUGAAAUAGCUGGCCAUGUUGUAGAGUUCAGUUCGGAUCAAUAUGGAAGUCGGUUUAUUCAGCAGAAACUCGAGACAGCAACAAUUGAUGAGAAAACCAUGGUUUAUGAAGAGAUCAUGCCUCAAGCUCUUGCCCUGAUGACUGACGUUUUUGGCAACUAUGUAGUUCAGAAGUUCUUUGAGCAUGGUCUCCCGCCACAGAGGAGAGAAUUGGCAGAGAAACUCAUUAACAAUGUUUUGCCUCUUAGCUUACAGAUGUAUGGUUGUCGUGUCAUCCAGAAGGCAAUUGAGGUUGUUGAUCUAGACCAGAAAAUUAUAAUGGUGAAAGAACUGGAUGGACAUGUGAUGCGAUGUGUACGCGAUCAGAAUGGUAACCAUGUAGUCCAAAAGUGUAUCGAAUGUGUACCUGAAGAAAACAUCGAGUUCAUUAUUUCGACUUUCUUUGGUCAUGUUGUGACCCUCUCAACUCACCCAUACGGGUGCCGUGUUAUUCAGAGAGUAUUGGAACACUGCCAUGACCCUGAUACACAGAGUAAGGUUAUGGAAGAGAUCCUGUCCACUGUUAGCAUGCUGGCCCAAGAUCAGUAUGGAAACUAUGUUGUUCAGCAUGUAUUGGAGCACGGAAAGCCUGAUGAGCGCACUGUGAUAAUCAAAGAGUUAGCGGGGAAGAUUGUUCAGAUGAGCCAGCAGAAGUUUGCAUCAAACGUUGUUGAGAAAUGUUUGACUUUUGGAGGUCCUGAGGAACGGGAACUGCUGGUGAAUGAGAUGCUGGGCACAACUGAUGAGAACGAGCCUCUUCAGGCGAUGAUGAAGGAUCAGUUUGCAAACUAUGUAGUCCAAAAAGUCCUGGAGACAUGCGAUGACCAACAGCGUGAACUGAUUCUUACUCGUAUCAAAGUGCAUCUUAAUGCUUUAAAGAAAUACACUUACGGGAAGCAUAUCGUUGCUCGUGUUGAAAAACUCGUUGCUGCUGGAGAGAGGAGGAUGGCUUUGCAGUCAUCAACUCAGCCUCUGGUGGCGUAAGGCCGAGUGUUGUACAGCUUAACUAGGGUGGAUGGCUCUGCCAUAACGUUCUGAGAAUUAGGUAAGAUCUAAACCAAAAAAUCUGCGGAGAAAUUAUAAAAGAGAGCUUUGUUCUGCUCUCCGCAAAAUCUGUACAUUGUGUAGUUUCUUACCGUUUUUACUACUAUACAUAGAACCCCAAAACAUCCCCCUUAGGCUGAUGAAUGAGUGGAAAAAAAAGGCAGAGAAUGGUGUAAAGAAAAUGGUGAGGAUUUUAGAGUUUUUUCCCUUUCACAUGUACAAAAAUAUUGGCUUUCAUGCCAAUCUGUAGAAUGCUUUUUUAGGACAAUCCCAGUUGAUUUCUCUAUUUUCACGAUAACUCUUAUCCGAGAAUUUCUUGAUUUUUCA